AUGGAGGUGGUAAAGUCAUCAAACGGUGGUGGCUACGGAGGCGGUGGUUAUGGAGGUGGCGGUUACGGCGGCGGCGACUACGGACAUGGUGGCAGCUAUAGCGAUGUGCAAGUUUACAAAGUCAUCUCAACAUCCUCAGGUGGUAGUCAUGGCGGCGGCUACAGCGGUGGUGGUUAUGGCCAUGGCGGCGGCGGUUAUGGCCAUGGCGGUGGCGGUUACGGUCAUGGCGGUGGCGGUUACGGUCAUGGCGGUGGCGUUCAAAUCUACAAGAUCAUAUCUGUCGAAGGCGGUCAUGGCGGCGGCGGCUAUGGUGGCGGCGGCUACGGCGGUGGUGGCUACGGCGGUGGUGGCUACGGCGGCAGUAGCGGAGGCUGGGGUGGUUGGGAUAAGAAGAA